GUAACACCGGGUCAGUUGCAACGAGGCGGUAGGGCGAGGAGUUCGCAAAAGAAGAAGAAGAAAAAUAAGGACGAUGGUAGGAAUUCAAGAAGUGCGGCCGAAAUGGCAGUUUUGCAGAACGGAGGCGGCGAUCCGAACGCUGUGAAUUCUCCGUAUUCGAUGCAAUCGGGCACUCAGCGACGAGGCUUCGACAAUGCGCAAUCUUCGUCAGCUGGAAGAAGACACGAUAAGAGUCGCUGUUGUUGCUCGAUUCAAUGA